GAUUUUGACUUUACGGGAAGCGCGGAAGGCGAGCGGUUUAGUUUGACUGCAUCGGGUUGCCAUCGAGGGGGGUUGUCGGAGCAACAUGGCGGCGCCUGGAGGGCCGAUGAACGUUAACAACGAGAUUGUUAAAUUGAGAAAAGAUGUAAAGAAAGCAAGAGUCUUAAUCAUCCGGAAAUUAUCGAGAAACAUCGCCCAGCUGAAAACAAAAAAAGGAACACAGGAUGCAAUCAUGAAGAAUCUGCGACGUGCGGAAAGAUUACUGGAGGACAUCCACACAAUGAAGGAUUUGAAACCUGAUUAUGUUUCAAAAACUGCACUUCAGAGAAACCUCAAUUAUGAAGAAGUGUGCGAAAAGCCUUCCUCCACAACUGAGGAACGAGCAAUUGCAAGGAUCGCAUCACAUCCACUUGUGUGCAAAAAAAUCGCAGCUAUUAAAGCUGCUGUAAGUUCAUUUAAAGAAGCUAGAGAAAAAGACAAAGACCAGAAGUUGCUGCAGGAGCCCCAGCUGAAAACAGAGUCAUUACAGGUCUCAAGUCCAGAAGAAAUGUCACAUAGCAAAACAAAUAAGAUAAAAGCAGAUAAUACCAUGGGUGAGAGAAGCAAGUCAACACACAUCAAACAAGCCAGUGCAGCUCUGGAUAAAUCUGAACCUGAAGCUUUGAUUGAUAAGUGUUUCAAUAAUGAAGAUACCUCCAAAGUCCAAGCUGCAGAAUCAGCAUUGGUUUCUCAUGUUACCAAACAGAUCAGAUCUAAAGCAACACACAUUGAAGAAACCAGUGCAGCUCUGGACAAACCUGAACCUGAAGCUUUGAAUGAAAAAUGUUUCAGUGAUGAAGAUACCUCCAAAGCCCAAGCUGCAGAAUUAGCAUUGGUUUCUCAAGUUACUGAAAAGACCAGACCCGCCCAGUUAAAUACACAGAAAAAAUUACAAGUUUCAAUGAAUUCAGAGAACACAAAACCUAUUGAUGAAGAUGAGAGUGUUGAAGAAAAGGAAUAUUUUGAUGAUAGUACAGAGGAGAGGUUUUAUAAUCAGACAUCUAGUGAUGAGAGUGGGGAUGAUGAUUUCUUUAUUGGAAAGGUGAAAAGAACAAAUAAAAAGAAGCAAGAAUCUGAUCCAACAUCUGAUGUCAACACUGUGAAUGAUGAUGAAAAAAAUGUGCCAACUAGCAUGAAAGAAGGAAAGAGCGAUCCCAUUGGAAAAAAGAACAGGGAACAAACGAAGUUUGGAUCUUUAUUUUGUAAUAAUUUGUCAAGCUCAAAGCCAUCAAUGCAGAAGAGCAAUCUUCGGGGAGUUAUCAAGAACAAGAAAUCUGCUGUUCUACAAAAAAGUCCUAACACCAAAAAAUUGUCCCUUCGUGAGAGAUCCCAAGGGGGACCUGGAAAAGUAAUUCCAAAGCCACAACAAUCACUUCAUCCUUCUUGGGAAGCAAGUAGAAGACGGAAAGAGCAGAUCCAAAUAGUUGCAUUCCAGGGGAAAAAGAUCAGAUUUGAUGAUUAGUUUCCUUAAAAAGAAACAGGAAAAUUGCAUAGUAUUGCACUGUUUUGUAUUAAAGAUGAUUCUAAAACCAUAUUAAAAUAUCUGAAGAAAUUAUCAUACAAAUAUAAAACAUCUGUCAUGUGUUUCAUACUGAAAUUGCAGUUUAUAUUUGCAUUUUGUUGCAAAAUGAUCUUCAGAAUUGUCUUAAGUACACUUUGAGGAAGAUUAAACAUUUAAAAAUUGAUAUUUAAAUACAAGAAUUGUUAAAUUUUAGGUAAAUAAUUUAGGAAAUGCUUUUUGAUAAUUUUAUAAGUUUCAGUCCUGAGGUAGUCGCCAUGUGCAAAGAUAAAUUCUGGCUACAGAAAUAUUUCAGAAUUUCUACAAUUACGUAUGAUGAUUUCAAAAAUUCCCUCAUUCAGUGUUUGUUAACUAUUCAAGCAUGUUAUAUUGAGAGAGUUUUGUCUCAAUUGCAAAAGUUGGCCAAUGUUAACAUUUCCCCUAUGAUAAGAUAAUGGUGUAAUUUGGAUUCUCAGAACUAUUUAGUUAUUAAAAUGCUGUAUAAUCAUUAGCACCAUAGCAAUAGAAUCAUAUAGCACUGCUGUAUAUAGAUUUUGUUGUUUUGAUUCAAAAUUCCAUCUUAGCUAUUGUGUUUCAAGAAGAAUGGAAUUUUCAAUAAAAAGACUGACACACAUGGCUGGCAACCUAAAAUGCAUCAGUCUGCAAAUGGACUGAACACACAGGCUGCCCACACGGACAGCAAUGUGCUUCUCAAACUGCUGCCUCCACUGACCAUUUCCCAGCACGGAUUAGCUCAACCUACAUCACAGAUUUUCUACAGUUGUGUUAGUUUCACAGUUGCAACUUGUCAACCUAAGCAAGACUAAGGUAGCACCACUUGAAUUUUGCAGAACUCCAUCAACUGGAAAUAGUUCUCCAAAGUAAACAUGAUAAUCUUUACAGUAACAACAAUUGUGUCACAGUACCACAAGGAAACUGGGCCAGAUUGUGCUUACCUGUUGCUGGCGAUUGAGUACAGAACCACAAGCUGCAUCCUGUUCAGAGGUCAGCUUGU